UAAAGGGUCGUUACUAAUGCCGUGACCCUUUAGUCCCGGUUCUAACCAGAACCGGGACAGAUGAGCCUCCACGUGGCCUGCGUGCUGAGCCCAGGUAGGAGAGCCUUUGGUCCCGGUUGGUGGCACCAACCGGGACCAAUAGACCUCCACGCGUCAGCAUUUUUGUGGCUGGGGUUUUUGUUUUUUUUAAAGGGGGAAGGGUUGGGGGUCUUGGGAGGUUAAUUUAGAUAUUUUAUAUAUUGUGUUAGAUAGCUAAUUAAUAAAGAGAAGUGUACUCUCUUAUGUCCGUGCUUGGUCGACGCUACGUACUAUACAUACGUAUAAAGGGUGGCGUGCGUGCGUGCGUAGAGAGCGGCAGAAUUGAUGGUUUGGCGAGCGAGCGUUCACACGUCCAACGGUGCAUGCAUGCAAGGAAAAUAAAAAGAAUCUUUUUCUUUUUAUAUACAAUCAAAAAAGGGAAGAAAGAAGAAGAAAAAAAGCGAGCUUCCGUUGGUCUGGGUAUAAUAAAAAACAAGCCUCUCGAUCGGUGGAGUCGAGGGAGUCAACGCAGGAGAGGAGAGGAGGGGAGAGGAGGGUCGCGUGUUCUCUGUCGCCGCUGUUUCUUGUGCUUCUCAACGCACGCGCACGCACUCACGUACGUCUUGCCGCCGCAUACUACCCGCACUUCAUACAGUUGACUUGAAAAACCGAUGGACCGAUCCAACAAGUCCUUCUCAAACACGGACGGAGGCACAAACAUAACCUUUACUUCCAGUCUGGUAGCUACACGGACGGAGUGCCCAACCGAGUCGGACCACGCCCUCCAUCUUCUUGUAUAUAUAUACAGGUACCCAUAUCCUUUCUUGGGCCCGGACGAGCAAGAGAGGAGAAGGUGAGCAUCCUGAGUUGUCACCAAGCGAAGCGAGACGAUUUACACAGGCAGCUUGAUGGACCUGGCGACGGCGCAGUUGCUACCGGACGACGUGCUGGCGGAUAUCCUCGGCCGCCUCGGACCGCACGACCUCGCCGUCUCCCGCUGCAUCUGCAAGCCGUGGCGUGCCGUCAUCGAUGCUCGCCACAUUCAUCAAAGACACGACAGUGGGAGGAGAAGCCUUUUAUCCGAGAAGGGGAGGCCACGGGCACAAUUGGCGACAUGGAAUCUGCUCUAUCACCCGGGCACUACCAUGCCGCCUACUGGCGGAGGGCUCUCUAUGUGCACCAACAUGAUUUUGUGAUCAGGAUAACCUUAUCAAACGAUACGUACCAAGUGAUUAAGCUGCCAUUGGGCCUUCAUGUGGAAACCGAUGAACCAGAACAUUACCUAGGAAAGUCAGAAAAAGGGGUGUACUGUGCAUUACUCUACGGCAAUAAUCGUCUUCGACUUCGGAUUUGGUUCCUUGACGAAAUAUGUGGCAAGAUGGACUGGCUCCUGAAACGUGAUAUCAACCUUGCGAAUCUACUAGCAAUUUAUCCUUGGAAAUACGGUGACAGGUCUUGGACUAGGCAAUAUGUUAACGAUGAAAUUGGCAAGAGCAUGGCACCGGCAGAAGCAAAAUUUGAAUCAGACUACUCUAGUAAUGAUGAUGUCAUCGCCACGGAAUAUACCGUUUCUACACUUGGAUUUCAUCCUUAUAGAGAGAUCAUCUUCUUCCGUGCAUCCUUUGGAAGAGCAAUGGCUUAUCACUUCAAUAGCUCAGAGAUUGUAGACAUGGGUUAUUUGCAAGGAAAGGGCCCUCAUGAUUGCGUAGGUGGAUCCUUUCCAUACACCCCGUGUCGGAUGGGGGAGUUGUCAAACAACAUGUAAUUUAGAAAUACUA